CAUGCCUCACCUUUCGUCCCCAGUCCAUGUUCCACUAGUUAUCACAAUAUAGAAAAUAUGGCGAAGGGAAAGAUACUUUGCGUUGGGUUAGUUUGCCUGGACAUCAUCAACGUUGUGGAUAAAUACCCGGAAGAGGACACCGACAACAGGUGUUUGUCUCAGCGUUGGCAACGAGGUGGGAAUGCCUCCAACUCGUGCACGGUGCUGUCACUGCUCGGGGCCCCCUGUGCCUUCAUGGGAUCUCUCGCUCCCGGACCCGUAGCUGACUUCAUCUUGAAUGACUUUAAAAUGUACAAGAUUGACAUCUCUCUUCUUCUGGAGCACACUGGGUGCUCCUUUCCAGCAUCUGUAGUUAUCAGCAAUGAGACCACGGGCAGUCGCACCAUCCUGCACAUGAACAGUUUCAUCGUGGGGGACUUUGUCCGGCGUGGGGUGGACAUUUCAGGCAUGGCCUGGCAGGAACGGGGCGAGACGCCAUGCGCCUGCUGUGUGGUGUGCCCCACCACGGGCACACGCACUGUCGUUCUCUCAGACACAAACCUGCCUGAUGUAUCUGCAGAGGACUUCUCGAAGCUGGACUUGAGCCAGUACAAGUGGAUUCACUGGGAGGGUCGCAAUGCUGAGGAGCAGAUAAAGAUGAUUGAGAAGGUGAGAGAGUACAACAGCAAGCAGCAGAGGGAGGAGAACAGAAUCACCAUCUCCGUGGAGAUCGAGAAGACACGAGAGCCUCUCUAUCAACUUUUCCCCUGUGGUGAUCUGGUGUUUAUCAGUAAGGACGUGGCCAUACACUUCGGCUUCCAUUCUGCUGCCAGUGCUCUGAGAGGUCUUUACAGCCGGUUGAGGAAGGGGGCUGUCCUCAUCUGUGCGUGGGCAGAAAAGGGGGCAGAUGCACUUUGUCCUGAUGGGGUGCUUGUCCACUCUGAUGCCUUCCCACCUGAGAGACUAGUGGACACUCUUGGGGCCGGGGACACGUUUAAUGCAUCCGUCAUCUACACUUUGUCAAGGGGGGGGAGUCUACAGGAAGCUCUCACAUUUGGUUGCCAGAUUGCAGGCAAAAAGUGUGGUAUCCAUGGAUACGAUGGAAUUCUGCAGUGAAUAUAGUGCAGAUGAGUGGAACUAAGAUUUGGAGCAGAUGCUUAACUUGGGAAGACCUGCUUAUAGGAUGGAAACAUGGCAGUUUAGCGUGGCCAUGUCUCCGUGGUAAUAAUUUCCCCACUAAACUGCUGAACUGAACAAUAUCUGAAUAACAAUGAAGAAACCCUCUCUGUAUCUUGGUAUGAAAGGUAUGGUCAGCAGACCAGCUGUUAUGGAUGAUCAGUAGGAUUUUGCUCUUUACUAACUCUUGAGUCUGCCUUUUUUGAUUCAGAAUGUGUGCUUGAAAUGAUAGUUAACACUAUUCCAUUCAGAGGUGUAGAAGUAAAGAAUAUAAUUUUAAGAAGACAAAAGAUGAAAUAAACCAAAAUAAUUGAUUAUCUAAGUUAUAAUUUAACCUCUCUAUCCUACUUCAGUAUGUAGGUGUUACUGGACAGUUACACUUACAUUUUGACUGAGCUGUCUGUCUGUCCUACAGAUAUGUUUAGGCUACACUAAUUGAUAAAAAUUGGUGAUGUAUUUUGAUAAUUAAAAUGAACAAGGUAGGCAAAAACUCAGUGAUGUCAGCAUUUAGCAGUAAUGUUCUACCCUUGGUGUGGAGUUGCUUGUCAUUGCAGUGAGUGAAAAGAUAAAAGGUAAACAGGAUGUGUGACAUGAUUCCACACUGAGUUACACAGCUGGAUAGUAACACACAGCAGUCUGUAUCUGCUGACCUUUAGUAUCUUUGAAUAAUUUUGCAUUUACAGUAAUACAGAUGCUAUUUGUUAGAGUUGCUUUAGGGAAUGGCUCCCCAGAUGUAAUUCUCAAAUUCUGUCUUUAUCAAAAACAGAAACCAGGGCCUUAAUACAGUAUUCAUUCAUUCGAAAUCUUCUUAACUGCUUAAUCCAAUUCUGGGUUGCUGAGUGCCCCCCCUGGACAGGAGUAAUGCGUUGCAGCGAUUGCAAUGGAAUCCCGACAUACACACACCCACUCACACCCGGCCACUUUGGACAUACCAGUGAACUAACAUGUCUUUGGAGGGGGAGGAGGAAACCCGCACAGGGAGAACGUGCAUGCUCCACACACACAGCGGCAGGGCCAGGAGUCAAGCCUAGGUUGCUGGAGCCACGAGGCAGCAGUGCUAAUCUCUGCCUUCGCUUAACACAGUGUGUACACCAAUAACAUUCCCUUCUCUAGGGAAUUCAGAUACCUACCAUAUCAGGUACUAGAAAUAGCAGUGGCUGCUUAAAAAUGCCAACUUUUGCUGUAAGCACAUUUUCAGAUGUAAAAUCAUUUGUUUUUUUUCUGUCUAACAGGUGUAUCAUUUUUUUUUAUUUUUCAUUGUAAAAUUUUGAUGGAAAGUGCAAAGGACACCAUGGCAGUACAGACACUGCGUGCUCCUCGGCUGAACAUUGAGUCACACCCUUGCCAAAGGUUGAAAAAAUAGAAG